AUGCGGCGCCUCCCUAUCGUCCUGCUGCUGGCGGCUGCUGUCGUUAUGUGCGCCGCCGCCGCCGAUGCCGACACCGCGGCGGAAGCAGCCCCUGCCUGGGCAGUGGAACACCGGUGGCUGGCCUUGGGGCCGGCGCUGGGGCAAGAUGCUGACUGCGAGCGGCACCAGGAACGGGAAGAGCAGGAGCACCAGCAGCGCCAGCAGCAGCAGCAGCAGCAGCAGCUGUUGUCUUUCCAGAAUCAAGGCAUCGCCGGCAACCGGGUGGUGGUCCCCUUCCUGACUCACUUCGGGGACCUGACGAGCUGGGAAUUUGCCCAAAAGCUGCAGAAGAAGGCGCUGGGGCCGCUGCAGGAAGCCGGGGUCAAGGUUAUCUCCGUCGGCCUCGGGUCCCCGGAGAGCGCCCGCACUUUCGCCGCUGCCCUGGACUACCCCUUGGAGGGGCUCUAUGCAGACCCCACCGGCGCCUGCUGCAAGGCCCUCGGGUUCAGCCCGGGGUUUGCGGACAGCGUGGAGGGCGUGGACCCGUACCUGAAGCUGCUGCCCAUGCUCAUGGGGAUCGGCAGCCCCGGGACCGUGCAAGAGGUGCUGAGGGGAUACGUGGGCGACCGCGAGGCGCCGCCUGUGUUUGAUGGCACGCUGGGCCGUGCGUUUGACAUCCUGGGGAAGGGCUACCAGAGGCCCCUGGAGCUUGCCACGCUCCGCCUGCAGAACAUGGUCGGGGUAUUGUCCAAGUGGGGGGACCUCGCGCCGUCCGAGAAGCGGCUGCUGACUCAGCAGGGCGGCUGCAUCGUCUUUGACGGCUGCGACGUCGUCUACAGGCAUGCGGACCCCGGGAUCCUGAAGUACGCUGAUGUGGACGCGGUCGUGCAGGCCGCCACCCAGGCGCCUCGGAAGCUGAUCGCCAAGCAGAGAGAAUGA